CUUCUGGACAAGAAACCUGCACUAUUUCCGGUUGGAAACCGAGUUGUUAAUGUAGCGUCUGCCUUUUCAAUACACACUAAAGGGAAGCUUGACCACCAGUGACUGAGAACACAGCUGUGGCAGAAAUGUCCGGAUUCACGGAAAAACUCAGUUCUUACACUCUGACGCAGUUAAAUGAGUUGCUUGAGGACGAUGAACAGCUCAACAAAAUCGUCCAAGAUUUGGAAGAGACGCAGACUGUGCAGCAGGCCAAGGACGUGACGCUGGCCGGGAACCGCAGCCUGGCCGAGCAGAACCUCCUGCUGCAACCCCGGCUGGACCUGCAGAAGAACGAGCUCACCAGGCGCUACCGCUGCCUACAGGAGCUCUUCGAGGACUAUCAGCUCCGCAAGUCCACUUUUGAUCAUAACUUGGGCAGUGGAUCUCUUGACACACUGCUGGCCCUCCUGCAGGCAGAAGGAGCCAAGAUUGAGGAGGAGACUGAGAAUAUGGCGGACUUGUUCCUGGAUGGCGGGCAGCCGCUGGACUCCUUCAUCGAUGAUUACCAGAGCAAGAGGAAGCUGGCGCACCUGCGGCGUGUGAAGAUCGACAGGCUGAGAGAGAUAGUCCUGAGGGGCCUCAGGAUGCCCCGGGCCCCCGCCCCUGCGCCCGCCCCCCUGGCUCAGCCGGCCCCCACGCCCGCCCCCACAGCUCUGCCCGACACCAACGGCUCCCCGAUGCCUGCGCCCAGGAGGUCCCCCACCCAGCCGGCCCCACCCACCGCCUCCGAGCCAGCCGCCCUGCCCGGCUACCCCUACCCCCCCUGCCCCUACUCCUCUGUCCCGCCCCACACGGGCUACGCCUCCCCUUUCCCCCCCCAGUUCUCUCCCACCCUCCCUCAGGGCCCACCCCCGCACCUGGGCCCCCAGCCUGGCUUUAUCCUGCAGUGAUUGGGUCCCACACACCAGGGCUCCACCCGCCAAGUUGGGGGGGAGGGGUUGCGUGGUUACCACCACACUGGAGGUGGGGAGGAGCAUGGGUGGGGGUGGUUUGGCCUCAGUGAACGUGCCGGCCCACAAGGAGCACAAUGUCCUCUUGUGCAUUUGGAUAUGUAGGCCAUCACAACAAUGACAUCAUCGUCAAAAAACCAAUCCAAAAAAACCCCUGAUCACUUGAACUUGAUUUUAAAUGGAACGUAUCUUAAGUCUGUUAUUCUAAUUUUAACCCAAUCAGAAGGGAGAUGGGGAUUGAUCAUUUGGUGUAUAUAUUUUCCUUCUUUCCAGGAUCACUUUAUGGGGGAAAAAAUUAUAAUCAUGAUCUGGUCUGGGGGAUUUUGGACAGGAUAUGGGGCAGGGCUCCAGGGUUCCACUCCCCCCACCAGUAUUGCAUCACUUCCUCCCCGAUUUGGGUCACGCUCUCAGCUGAGUGAGUGAAAAGAGGAAGGGGAUCUUGGUUUUUUUUUUUUUUUUUGCUGUUGUUGGUUGAGUGUGUGUUGUAGCAUUCUUAAACACGUCUCAUUUCACAACCAUCUUUAAGAUGGCCCACUGGACUGUUAGAAUUGUGAUAAUGACUAAAACAAGCAGGAAAAAAGUUGAACCAGAAUGGCAUGUUUCAGCCUGAUAUUCUUAUGUUCUCAUGUCAAUUGAGCCUGCAUUACUGACUGGAGUGACCUGCAGUGGCACAUCAUAUGCAAACUGUAAACUGAGAAUAUACUGUGCUGUUUUAUACAUGGACUUAAGUUAAACAACACUUUUUUUUUUAAUGACUGUCUUGCUUUGAGGGAAUCAAAACAUUUUUGUUGACCAGGUUUAAAUGGUGCAAACCUGCAACCAAAGGUGUUUUCAUUUUCCAGUACUUCCAUGGGUGAUAUUUUUAUUUUUUAUUCUCCAAGUAGGAAUUUAUUGAAAACUGGACGAUGUGUACAUGUUUGUGGAGGUGAGAAUUGGCAUAAUUGUCUUUGGGCAAAAUAUCUUUCAUUGUGAUAUAUAUUGUGGAAGUGGAUCCUAUGCUUAGACUCCCAUCUGUGUGCACAUGCGUGCCUGCAGUGCAGUCUUUUAAGAGUUUUAUUUGAGGUCUUUUAUUUUGACAUCUGUCCUGGAUAAAUGAGCCUGCUGCAGGGAGUGUCUGUUUACCAUCUGGUUCAGUGGCCAUUUUGGCAGGGAACAAGAUUCCACAUAUUGUCUUAAACUGGUGCCUUGUGUGUGCCAGUUCAGAGAGGGAACCUACGCAGGGUAGUUAGGUUAGCGGGUGUGGCAGGCUACCUGGACAAGGCAGGCGCCAGUGCACUGCUGGUACACAGCUAUGCUGUACUAGGUAUGUCAGGGUGGAGUUACCUUUAUAAUCCUGGUGUAUCAGGGUGGAGCUACCUGUAUGACCCCUGUGCAUGAGGGAAGAGCUACCUGUGCUUACCCAGAUGUAUCUGGGAGGAGUCAGCAGUGUUGUCCCAGGUGUGUCAGGGAGUUGCCUGUGGCCCAGUUGCAUCUGUCCCAGGUAUAAAAGGGUGGAGUCAACUUAUGCUGUUGCACGUGUGUUAGAAAAAGGAGUUACCUGAGACCCAGGUGUGUCAUGGUGGAGUUACCUGUGCUGGCACAGGUGUAUUGGAGGAGUUACCUGGGGCCCUGGUGCAUCAGAAUGGAGUUACCUUUGUAACCCAGGUGUGUUGUGGUUGAGUUACCUGUGCUGAUACUUUUGUGUCAGAGUUACCUGUGUACCCCAGGUGUGUCAGUGUGGAGUUACCUGUGUAACCCAGCAGUGUUUUGGUUGCGUUACCUGUGCUGAUGCAUGUGUCAGAGUCACCUGGGGCCCAGGUGUGUCAGAGUGGAGUUACCUGUGUAACCCAGGUGAGUCAGGGUGGAGUUACCUGUGUAACCCAGGUGAGUCAGGGUGGAGUUACCUGUGUAACACAGGUGUGUCAGGGUUGAGUUACCUGUGUGACCCAGGUGAGUCAGGGUGGAGUUACCUGUGUAACUCAGGGGUGUCAGGGUUGAGUUACCUGUGUAACUCAGGGGUGUCAGGGUGGAGUUACCCGUGUGUACUGCAUUAUGGUGGAAUCCCAGGCUGGUGAUAAACUCAAGUAGACCUGCUCAUUUUGUGAGCCACUGUGAGCCCUGUCCAGUGCCUCUCGGCCCGUAGCACAGGAGACCAGCCUGGCUCUGUCGCGCCACUUCUACCUGUGUUCACUUACUCUUUCAUUUGUGUAUUUAUUUAUUUUUGGUGCUGUGUCUUUGUUCUUGCAUUGCCUGUGUUUCUCUUUGAGUCCCGGUUCAGUGACCCGAGUCUGGACUGCUUCACUCCCGUCUUUUAGCACUACUGCCCCUGGUGGCAAAUGGUAAACACAGCCUUGUAAAAAAAGAAUAGGUAAAAAUAAUAAAAAAGAAUUAUCCUCUUCAACUGCCCUUCCCCAUAGACCACCAUUGGGGAAUUAACAUUGUUUUAAACAACUUUUUCUGAACAUAUUUUUGAAAAAUAAUAUCCAGAAGUCUAUUUUAAAUACAGUAUAUGGGGACUGCCAUCUUGUCUGGAUGUUCUGUUGGUUGCGGGGUAGGGGGUUUCCUGGCUCUUGUCUGUUGUUGGUUUGGGCUGCCACCACCGUGUCCCCCAUUGUUUUUCCCCAAAAACUGCAGCCCAGGCACAGCAUCCCUGUUGACAAGUGGCACAUUUUUUGGACCCACUCACCCCCAACGUUCCCGUUUCAUGCAUGCUGCCAGCAGUUACCGGGAAAUCACUCUCAAUGCAUACACUCCCCACACCUCCUUCCCCCGACCCCCCGUCUGUGCUGGCCUGACAGUGCUAUCCCAGAGGAGGUGCCAUGACACUUGCUGUGCUGUGCCUCUUUGCUGCAGUGAACUCAGUCCCCUGCAGGUGGUGCUAGAGCGCUAGCGUUAGUUGUCUGCAUCUACAGGUCUUGCUACACUCUCCAGGACCACUCUACCUCAGUACCAGCCAGGCCAAAUCCAGUUUAAGUCCUUACAGCUCCAGGGUGCUGCGUUCCCCUACACUAACCCAAGCCGUACUCCUGUGAGUCCUCUAUGUAGUUAUGCUCUUUCGGUUUGCCUUUUAAUUAGUAAUACAAAAGAUUUUUUUAAUACAUUGCCAAAUUACUCCUGACAAACCAACAUGUUAUGCCAAACAUUUGGCUGUUACCACUCCUUUUGUACAAGUCUUUUUUCCCAUUUAUGAAAUAAAGGGUUUUCUUCCUGAAUCUCAUUUUUAUAUCAACAGUUCCUACAAUGAGUAUAUGACACAAAAGCCCUGUGUAAGAUUCACCUCUCAGAAACUGCUGUUUUAUAUGUAAAAUAUUUUAUUGUACACUCCUUAUGUAAAUUAUGUUGAUUGUUAUUGUAAUGAUGUGCUUUGUGACUAAAAUGAAGAUUGUAGUGGUACUGCAGAAGUUACCUCUUUUUAAGGCUAAUCAUUAAAUGAAAUUGAUUUUUA